UUCCUACCCAUCGAAGGCUUUUGUUCCUUGGCCCUAUAAAUGAAACCCUAAUUCCAUCCCCUUCUCCUCACAAUUAACAAAUUCAGCAUUCUCUCUGAUUCCUAAUAUCCUCUCUGAGAAUCCUCAAGAUGCAGAUCUUCGUCAAGACUCUUACCGGAAAGACAAUCACUCUCGAAGUAGAGAGCUCCGACACCAUCGACAAUGUCAAGGCCAAAAUCCAAGACAAGGAAGGAAUCCCCCCAGACCAACAAAGGCUUAUCUUCGCCGGAAAACAACUUGAAGACGGCAGAACCCUCGCUGACUACAACAUCCAGAAGGAAUCCACACUUCACCUUGUUCUCCGAUUGAGGGGAGGUAUGCAGAUCUUUGUUAAAACGCUCACCGGAAAGACAAUCACUCUUGAAGUAGAGAGUUCUGACAUGAUCGACAAUGUCAAAGCUAAAAUCCAAGACAAAGAAGGUAUUCCACCAGACCAGCAGAGGCUGAUCUUCGCCGGAAAGCAACUCGAAGAUGGCAGAACCUUGGCGGAUUACAACAUCCAGAAGGAGUCCACUCUUCAUCUGGUCCUCCGUCUCCGUGGAGGUAUGCAGAUCUUUGUGAAGACAUUGACCGGCAAGACGAUCACUUUGGAGGUUGAAAGUUCCGACACCAUUGACAAUGUCAAAGCAAAGAUCCAGGAUAAGGAGGGCAUCCCACCGGACCAGCAGAGGUUGAUCUUUGCCGGCAAGCAGCUUGAAGACGGCAGAACCCUAGCCGACUACAACAUCCAGAAGGAGUCUACACUCCAUUUGGUCCUCCGUCUCCGUGGUGGUAUGCAGAUCUUUGUUAAGACGUUGACUGGAAAGACCAUCACUCUUGAAGUUGAGAGCUCGGAUACGAUUGACAAUGUCAAGGCAAAGAUUCAAGAUAAAGAAGGGAUCCCACCAGACCAACAGAGGCUGAUCUUUGCCGGUAAACAGCUGGAAGAUGGGCGGACUUUGGCGGAUUAUAACAUUCAGAAGAUCUACGCUUCAUUUGGUGCUGAGGUUGAGAGGUGGGAUGCAAUUUUUGUCAAGACUUUGACCGGGAAGACGAUCACUUUGGAGGUAGAGAGUUCUGAUACAGUUGAUAAUGUCAAGGCGAAGAUUCAAGACAAGGAGGGUAUUCCACCAGACCAGCAGAGGUUGAUCUUUGCCGGUAAACAGUUGGAAGACGGUCGCACACUUGCAGAUUAUAACAUUCAGAAGGAAUCAACCCUUCACCUUGUUCUUCGUCUUCGUGGUGGGUGUUAAGGAUCCCUAGUUGGAAUGUGUUGUGGUUUUUAGGGUUGGUGUUUGUUUGACUUGAAUUUGUGAUGUGGUUUAAUGUCAUGGAAUGAACGGUGCUUUGUUUCUUUUUCAUACUCUUUAUAACAUGAAUCAUGUUUUUGGUUGCAA